GAGCGCGGCGGCGGACACUCCCCGGCAGUAGUGGCAGCGGCGGCGGCGGCGGCGGCGGCGGCUCGGAGCGGGCUCCGGGACUCAAGCGCAGCGGCGAGCGGACGCCGGACGGCCAAGAUCCCCCUGGGCUGCAGGCGCGGAGCAAGGCUCUCGGGGCGCCAGGCAGGAGCGCGAGGGGACCGGCUCGGGCGGCUGCGCUGUCGGCCUCGGAGAGCGCGGGCAUCGGGCCAGCAGGCCGCGUCGCUCUCACCAUGGUCAGUUGCUGGGACACCGCGGUCCUGCUGUGCGCACUGCUCGGCUGUUUGCUUCUCACAGGAUAUGGUUCAGGGUCGAAAUUAAAAGGACCUGAACUGAGUUUAAAAGGCACUCAGCACGUCAUACAAGCCGGCCAGACCCUCUUUCUCAAGUGCAGAGGGGAGGCAGCCCACUCGUGGUCUCUGCCUGCAGCAGUGAGUAAGGAGGAGAAAAGGCUGAGCGUCACUAGAUCUGCCUGUGGGAGGAACAACAGACAAUUUUGCAGCACCCUGACCUUGAACAUGGCGCAGGCCAACCACACGGGCCUCUACAGCUGCGGAUACCUCCCCAAAUCUGCCUCCAAGAAGAAGAGAACAGAGUCUGCCAUCUACAUAUUUGUCAGUGAUGCAGGGAGUCCUUUCAUAGAGACGCACAGCGACAUACCUGAAGUUGUGUACAUGACGGAAGGUCAAGAACUCAUCAUCCCCUGCCGGGUGACGUCACCCAACGUCACAGUCACUCUGAAAAAGUUUCCAUCGGAUACUUUGACCGCUGAUGGAGAAAGAAUUACAUGGGACAGUAGGAAAGGCUUUAUAAUAGCAAAUGCCACUUACAGGGAAAUAGGACUCCUGAACUGCGAGGCCACAGUCAACGGGCACCUGUACCAGACAAACUAUUUGACCUAUCGGCAAACCAAUACGAUCCUAGAUGUCCGCAUAAGGCCUCCAAGCCCAGUGAGAUUGCUGCACGGUCAAACUCUUACCCUCAACUGCACCGCGACCACCGACCUGAACACGAGGGUGCAGAUGAGCUGGAAUUACCCUGGUAAAGCAUUGAAGAGGGCGACCAUCAGGCAGCGGAUCGACCAAAGCAGUCGCCACAACAAUGUGUUCCACAGUGUUCUUAGGAUCAGCAACGUGCAGCGCCAUGACAGGGGACUCUAUACCUGCCGCGUGAAGAGUGGGUCAUCGUUCAGAUCGUUCAACACCUCCGUGCAUGUGUACGGAAAGGGAUUCAUCAGCGUGAAGCAUCGGAAGCAGCAGGUGCAGGAAACCAUAGCGGGAAAGCGGUCCUACCGUCUGUCUAUGAAAGUGAAGGCCUUCCCCUCGCCAGAAGUCGUAUGGUUAAAAGACGGCUCACCUGCAACGGAGAAGUCUGCUCGCUAUUCGGUGCACGGCUACUCACUAAUUAUCAAAGAUGUCACCACCGAGGACGCAGGAGAUUAUACGAUCUUGCUGGCCAUAAAGCAGUCAAACCUAUUUAAAAACCUCACUGCUACUCUGAUUGUAAAUGCGAAACCUCAGAUCUACGAAAAGUCCGUGUCGUCCUUUCCGAGCCCGGCUCUCUACCCACUGGGCAGCAGACAAGUCCUCACUUGCACCGUGUAUGGGAUCCCUCAGCCUGCAGUCACGUGGUUCUGGCACCCCUGUUACCACAAUCGCUCCAAAGAAAGGUAUGACUUGUGUUCCGAGAGUGAAGAGUCCUUCAUCUUGGAUCCUGACAGCAACGUGGGAAACAGAAUUGAGAGCAUCACUCAGCGCAUGAUGGUCAUAGAAGGAACCAAUAAGACGGUUAGCACCCUGGUGGUGGCUGACUCGAGAGCUUCUGGAAUCUACAGCUGCAAGGCCUUCAACAAAAUAGGGACUGUGGAAAGAAACAUAAAAUUUUACGUCACAGAUGUACCGAAUGGCUUUCACGUUUCCUUGGAAAAGAUGCCAACAGAAGGAGAGGACCUGAAACUCUCCUGCAUGGUCAACAAGUUCCUGUACAGAGACAUUACCUGGAUCCUGCUACGGACAGUAAACAACAGAACAAUGCAUCACAGCAUCAGCAAGCAGAAAAUGGCCACCACUCAAGAGUACUCCAUCACUCUGAACCUUGUCAUCAAGAAUGUGUCCCUGGAAGAUUCGGGCACCUAUGCCUGCAGAGCCAGGAACAUGUACACAGGGGAAGAAAUCCUUCGGAAGACAGAAGUUCUCAUUAGAGAUCAGGAGGCCCCACACCUGCUGCGGAACCUCAGCGACUCCAAGGUGCCCAUCAGCGGCUCUGCGACCUUAGACUGUCAAGCUCACGGCGUCCCUCAGCCUUGGAUCACUUGGUUCAAAAACAACCACAAAAUACAACAAGAACCUGGAAUUAUUUUAGGACCGGGAAACAGCACGCUGUUUAUUGAAAGAGUCACCGAAGAGGAUGAAGGUGUCUAUAGGUGCAGGGCGGCCAACCAGAAGGGAGCCGUGGAAAGCGCAGCCUACCUCACGGUGCAAGGAUCCUCAGACAAGUCAAACCUGGAGCUGAUCACUCUCACGUGCACCUGCGUGGCUGCGACUCUCUUCUGGCUCCUUUUGACGCUCUUCAUCCGGAAACUGAAACAGUCUUCUUCUGAAGUAAAAACGGACUACCUGUCAAUCAUAAUGGACCCAGAUGAAGUCCCCCUGGAUGAACAGUGUGAUCGGCUGCCCUAUGAUGCCAACAAGUGGGAGUUUGCCCGGGAAAGACUUAAGCUAGGCAAAUCGCUCGGGAGAGGAGCCUUCGGGAAAGUGGUUCAGGCAUCUGCAUUCGGCAUUAAGAAAUCGCCCACCUGCCGGACUGUGGCUGUGAAGAUGUUGAAAGAGGGGGCCACAGCCAGCGAGUACAAAGCUCUGAUGACGGAACUCAAGAUCUUGACUCACAUCGGCCAUCAUCUGAACGUGGUGAACCUCCUGGGAGCCUGCACCAAGCAAGGAGGGCCUCUGAUGGUGAUCGUGGAGUACUGCAAAUACGGAAAUCUGUCCAACUACCUCAAGAGCAAGCGGGACUUCUUCUUCCUCAACAAGGAUGCAGCCUUGCAUAUGGAGCCCAAGAAAGAAAACACAGAGCCAGGCCUGGAGCAGGACCAGAAGCCUCGCCUAGAUAGUGUCAACAGCAGCGAGAGUUUCGCCAGCUCGGGCUUUCAAGAGGACAAAAGCGUGAGCGACGUUGAGGAAGACGAGGAUUGCAGUGAGAUCUCCAAGCAGCCCCUCACCAUGGAAGACCUGAUCUCCUACAGUUUCCAGGUGGCUAGAGGCAUGGAGUUUCUGUCCUCCAGAAAGUGCAUCCAUCGAGACCUGGCAGCGCGGAACAUCCUUUUGUCUGAGAACAAUGUUGUGAAGAUUUGCGAUUUCGGCCUGGCCCGGGAUAUUUAUAAGAACCCUGACUAUGUGAGAAAAGGAGAUACCCGGCUUCCCCUGAAAUGGAUGGCUCCUGAAUCCAUCUUUGACAAGAUCUAUAGCACCAAGAGCGACGUGUGGUCCUAUGGAGUGUUGUUGUGGGAAAUCUUCUCCUUAGGGGGUUCUCCUUACCCAGGAGUGCAGAUGGAUGAAGAUUUCUGCAGCCGACUUAAGGAAGGCAUGAGGAUGAGGUCACCAGAGUACGCAACGCCUGAAAUCUACCAAAUCAUGUUGGAUUGCUGGCACAAAGACCCCAAAGAGAGGCCCCGGUUUGCAGAACUUGUGGAGAAACUCGGUGACCUGCUUCAAGCCAACGUCCAACAGGAUGGUAAAGACUACAUCCCGAUCAAUGCCAUCCUGACGAGAAACAGUGGCUUCACGUACUCAGUCCCCACCUUCCCUGAGGACUUUUUCAAGGAUGGCUUUACAGCUCCAGCAUUUCAUUCUGGAAGCUCUGAUGAUGUGAGAUAUGUAAAUGCUUUUAAAUUCCUGAGCCUGGAAAGAAUCAAAACCUUGGAGGAGCUUUCACCAAAUGCCACCUCCGUGUUUGAAGAUUACCAGCUGGACACGAGCACUCUGCUGGCCUCCCCACUGCUGAAGCGAUUCACCUGGACUGAGAGCAAGCCCAAGGCCUCACGGAAGAUAGACUUGAGAAUAACAAGUAAAAGCAAGGAGUCGGGGCUUUGCGAUGUCCCCAGGUCCAGCGUCUGCUUCUCCAGCUGUGGCCACAUCAGGCCUGCGCACGACCACUCUGAGCUGGGGAAGGAUCUGUGCUGCUCUCCACCCCCAGACUACAACUCCGUGGUGUUGUACUCCUGCCCGCCCGCCUAACGCUUCACACAAGCCACCGACAAACAGCCCGACAGUAUUAUGCAUAUAUGAGUUUACACUUAUCUCUCUCCACAGGAGCCGGCUGCUUUUUGUGACUUAAUAGUGCUUUGUUGUUGUUGUUGCUGUUGUUUGACUAACAAGAAUGUAACCCCAGAUAGUGACAAGUGAGGAACACUAUUGCUCAAUCCUCAUGGGACUCCGUGUAAGAGAAAUCCUAAGCCCAAUGACUCACCUGCUCCUGCCCCCAAAGCCUCAGGGCCCCCUGGACGGGCAUCUGCUGGCCAUGGCACCCGGCAUGGGUCCUUGUGCCCAUCUACCCUCCCUGCAGCUGUGGGGGCAGGCACAGUAGGGCCCCUAGCUCGCAGCAGCAUGCACCGGCCUGCUCUGUGUCUCUGGAGUCCUCUAGCAGGCAUUAUGACACUUAUGGAGGCGAGGAAGAGAGAACAAGAGGGACGGGAAAAGGCCUUGGGAUGUGUCUUGUGGAGACGGUGGAGGAGAGGGCUCCUCAAUGCCACGUCAUUGGUUUCUCAUUCCUGGCCUCUGCAUUUUGGGCACUCUACCAAGAGGUGACAGGGCCGAAUGUAUGGGACAUUUUCUAGAUGUUUUCAGGAACCACAGGACAUCUUACAUUGUCCCCUGGGAGUCUGUUUCUGUUGUCCAUUACCAUCCACAGCAUGUUUAACGCACAUCAGUGAGGGUGGCACUUGGCUCUCAAGUCAUACUUACCGUUAGUUCUUCUAGUGAGAUGCACUGAGAUCUGACCCAAGCUUGGAGGCCUCAAUUUAGCCUAUUGCUCACAGGGAGCUGAGCGGUCCAGUUUGGCCUAGCAAGGUUGUCCACCAAUAGACUCAAAAGCCACAUUUUAAACAGUCAGGUUCUAUUUCAAGUAUUAAUGUAGAGAUAGGAAAGACACUUUCUAUAAACAUCAUCCUGUUUAUACAGUUAGCUAUUCAAGGAAGCUGGGGAGAGUUAAGAGAGUCUAGAAGAUGGUUUUCUCUGUACCCAAACCAGGAUUAAUGGACUCGAACCCAGAAAGACAGAGUAAAAGCUCCAUGUAUAAUAGCCAAACCAAUUACACCCACAGAGCUGGAACCUCAGUUUUCUUUUUACUUUAUCAUCUGUUUCACCGCCUCAAGCCAAUCUGAGACGAGCAAAAGAGCAUUAGCCGAUGUUUAUUAAGCACUUUAUGCUCCUUGGAAGAAGAGGCGACGUGUGGUUUGUGAAGCUAUUUCCACAGCUGGGACUCAGGCUAUUGGUCAAUGAGCCAUCAAAAGGAAAAAAAAUAAUCCUAUUUUCAUCUGUUUCAGACCCUACCUGGGGGUCUAAGGAUGAUGGGGACAGGGUAGAAAUGGGGAGACAGGGUAGAAAAGGAUGCCUCCUCUUUGGGGUCUAGAGAUUUUAAGCCCUGGAUCUCUAGAAUUGGCUCUGUUAAAUGUUGUAUGUGCAAAUUAUGGUCUGUGUGUUUAGGACGUGUGCACCUGCUGACGCCAGUCACAGCGGGGCAGACAUGAGUGGUUGCCUUGUGAGAGCAGACCACGCUUCCUUUAUGCCACUUAAUUCUAUGGCCUGACCAAUGGCAUGUCUGCCCACGUCCCUGGGCACCACAUUCUUGACGUUCUCUGUCUGACGAGACCGGAGGCGCGGCACAAUCCCCAGUGAGACAGUGAGCAGCCACGGUGACUCUUGGGGUACUCGCUGGCCAGGACAGAGAAGUAGGAAAGGGCUUUCAACCAGGAACUGGGUAAAGAGAAAUCAGGCAGGGCUGGGGGAAGACAUCCUUGUGUAUCGGCAAAAGCUCGUGUCAGCUGGCGAGUGUCUAAGUCAGGCCAUCAGACAGGCUGCCAGAGAAAUGAGUGAUGUCAGCAUUUUCAAAUCAUUCAGACAUUCAGCCAUCAGUGAAAGGAGAAAACCUUAGCCAGUCCUGUACUAUUUUGAUUUUAAUCAUCUAAUUCUUAAUCAGUAAGAGACUUUGGCAAGGUCCCUUCUCCCACAAAAGUAAAGAAAAUCUAUUGGGAUUCUCUGGCUCUGCUUGAGGACUUAGCUUUGGAGUCCAUGGAAGUCCAUCAGUGAAGAGAAAGGAAGAAGACAGAUCACCCGAGUUUUUAAGGCAGGAAGACAAACGGCGACGUGUGGUGACACACAUACCUAGCUGCAGUGUGCCCGUUCGGAUGUUGGGACUCGGACAGUGACGUAAGGCCAUUUGCCACUUGAGGCCAAAGUGGCCGGCACAAAGAACGAACAAACAUUUCUCCUAGUGUUUGAGAUUACCAAUGUGUAACCAGGGAGCUGAAACCUCAGGCAGGUCUAGGUUAACCUGAGAGAGAUCCCCAGGGGACAGAGCUGUUCAAACCCUGAAACCUGCUGCACAGGCCAGAGUGCCUUGCUCCCCUGCCUAUCAAUCAGCUCAGUCAAGGAAGAGGGCAUCUUUUGACCGACAGUGGUAGGAACUGUACCUGUAUGUGUGUGUGUGUGUGUGUCUGUAUGUUUUGUGCAUAACUAUUUAAAGAAACUGGAAUUUUAAAGUUACUUUUAUAUAAAUCAAGAUGGUAUGCCAGAGACAGAACUAAGCCAUGAUCUGGUCCCACCUUUUAGUCAUGAUGAAUGUAUUUCGUAUAUUAUCUUCAUUUAAUAAAACUCACUUUCAAAACCAA